AUGCACACCAAAACGUUCCAAUUGAAUUGGGGUCAAAGAAAGUUAGAAAAACGGCUGCGGAUGCUUGUACCGAUUUUGGAUUUGUGCUAUUAUAUCGGGAUUUGCGUGCUUUGCUCAUAUUCGAUAAAUAAAAUGGCGACAUCCGUCCUUCAGCCCGAAGAAUGCAGACGAGAACUUGAGCCUAUCCCAGACAACCCCAGACUUACAGACGAUGAAAGAAUUGCCAUCCUGGAAUCCAAGGAGCGAGAAACUGGUGAACUUCCACCAGAACUCCGAGAAAGAGCCAGAGUAGAUGUCAGAGAGGAGCCUGCCAUUCGAGACCAUGCGCUUGCGCAGAUGAGACACUUUAUUGACAAACACCCGGCUAUCAAGAAAUGCAGGACUGAUGCACCAUUCCUACUUCGAUUCCUUCGCACAAAAAAAUACUCUAUCCCACAAGCCUGUUCCAUGCUGGAGCGAUACUUGACUAUCCGGCAGAUGUAUCCGCACUGGUUCCAGAAGCUGGACCCCCUGGACCCUAAGAUAGCUGCGGUAAUUGAUGCGGGAUAUCUAUUACCGUUGCCAAAGAGAGAUGCUGAAGGACGGAGAGUUGUUUUAUCUUGCAUGGGUCGUUUCGACCCUCAUGUGUACGACAGCUGCGUAAUGGCGCGCGUGCAUUCGAUGAUUGUAGAACUACUGUUAGACGAACCUCGCUCGCAAUUACUAGGAUACACUCAUGUUAAUGACGAGGCUGGUAUGCAAAUGCCCCAUGUAAGUCUAUGGUCGCUCACCGAUGUACGGGUUAUGCUGAAUUGUAUUCAGAAUUCUACACCCAUGCGCCACAAACGUACCCAUUUUGUCAAUAUACCGCAUUAUGGUGUUAAGUUCUUCGAAUUUGCGGUCUCAUUGCUUAGUGAUAAGCUUAAAGAUCGAGUUAUGUUCCAUCGUUCAUCAGAAGAUCUCAGAAAAUAUGUCGAUCCUGCUAUACUACCUAAGGAAUAUGGCGGUGCAGUUCCACUAAAAGACAUGAUUGAUGAACUGAAGCGCAAGCUUUUAAAGCACAGGGAAGAUUUACUGGCAUUGGACGACAUGUGCAUUGAUUUGUACGCGCUUGAGAAAAAUGAUCUUACUCAAGAUAUACACUCUACCGCAGGAUCGUUCAGAAAAUUGGAACUAGAU